AUGAGUGAACGCGACGAAAACAUGGCGCCGAGCUCGUCCUCGCCAAUGAGCAUGCCUGAGCAGAGCCCCGUCACAGAACCCACCGAUCACCACAACAACACCACAGCAGCAUCACCCACACAAUCCGCCUCGGCCAGCAAACGCAGCAGAGGCCGCCCACGCAAGUAUCACACGGAUGCCGAGCGCGAAGAAGCCAAACGCCGGUAUCGCGAGAACCACAAGACCAAAGCCGCGUCUUCAUCUGGGGUUGCGAACAAUGGAGGUGCCGCCAACUCUGCAAAUGCUGCAAUGAUCACUGCGGCUGCGAGUUCGUUUACGGCCAUUCAACCUGCAGCUAAACAGCAGGAUUUGGAUGAAUUGUGGGAGGUGGUUCGUGGGCUGCAGGACGAGGUUGCGGGAUUGAAGACGCAGUUGGCGCAGAGGGAUGCCGCUGCUGCUGCCGCUUUGCCUGGACAGAAGCGCAGGAAGGUGUGA